AUGGCGGAGGCUUUGCAGCAGCUCAUUCUCGACACUCUAGAUGCUCAGGGAACUAUCAAGGACACUCGGGCUCUUGUCUUGCCAGGGCAUCAAGAGCCAGCUGCAUCCCAUGAUGCUCAGGUCACUAUUCUAGGGGCCUUGAAUUCUCUUGCUAGUCGAGAGAUGAUCACAUAUACAACGCAUGAGACACAAUCCCACGUCCUCACUCCUGAAGGAGCUCAGAUCGCGUUGGAAGGGUCGCAUGAAGCUCGCGUAUGGGCUGCUCUCCCGGCAAAGGGCGAGGGAACUCCAGUAACCCCUGCUGAAUUAAAGCAAAAAGUGGGCGAUGAGGCAGCAAAAGUUGGCCAAGGGCGCGCGUUCAAGAAUGGAUGGAUCGCAAAAGAGGGGAACGGCCUAGUCAAACUGGUUCCAUCAAUACAAGAUAAAACACAGCUGGACAUGCGCGAAGUGGACUCCACGGGAACCCUGCAGGAAGGAGAGAAAGCUUUGGCGGAUUUGCGAAAGCGCAAGCUAAUCGUACAGAGGAAGGGACAGUGGUUCACAGUACAGAAAGGACCUAGCUUCAGCACAUCGAUCGCGAAACCUGAGACGGAUCUGACGGUCGAGGCACUAACAUCGGGUGCAUGGAAAACAUCCACUUUCAAAAAGUACAACUUCGAGGCCGAUGGUAUCCCAACAAACGGCGGCGCUCUCCAUCCGCUCCUCAAAGUUCGUGAAGAGAUUAGAAACAUUUUCCUGGAGAUGGGCUUCACCGAGAUGCCGACAUCGUCCUUCGUCGAGUCUGGAUUCUGGUGUUUCGAUGCUCUGUUCGUGCCCCAGCAACAUCCAGCAAGAGAGGUGCAAGACACCUUCUAUCUAUCAGAUCCAUCUUCAUCCCUCCCUCCGCCGAAGGCUUACUAUGAGCGCGUAUCCAAAGUACACGAACAUGGUGGCUAUGGAUCUACCGGCUACCGGGCGCCAUGGUCCGACCAAGAGACCAGGAAGCUGCUUCUCCGCACGCACACCACGGCGUCCUCGGCUGCUAUGCUCUACAAACUCGCCGCGCGGUGUCGUGGCGAAGAGGAUACGGACGAUCGCUCCGGCUUGGCUCAUGAUCACGGAGAGGUGCACGCUCAGGCAUCCGGUGGGGCGGGUACGAAGCGAUCAGGGGCUGUUUCGCAAGAGGGGGAUGAUGGAUUCAGACCCGCGAAAUUGUUCAGCAUUGACAGGGUGUUCAGGAACGAGACCAUGGACGCUACCCAUUUGGCGGAGUUCCACCAAGUUGAGGGUGUGGUCGCCGAUAAAGAUAUAACAUUGGGCGAUCUGAUAGGAUUCAUGAAGGUCUUCUUCAACAAGCUUGGCAUGGAGAAUCUCCGCUUCAAGCCCGCCUACAACCCCUACACAGAGCCGUCGAUGGAGAUUUUUGCUUUCCAUCCCCUGUUGAAAAAGUGGGUCGAGAUUGGUAACAGCGGAAUGUUCAGGCCGGAGAUGCUAGAACCAAUGGGCUUCCCGAAGGACGUUCGCGUUCUCGGAUGGGGCUUGGGUCUGGAGCGACCGACUAUGAUCAGGUACGGUAUCACGAACAUCAGGACAUUGGUUGGACAUAAGGUGUCGAUCGAGGGCGUGGAAAAGAGCCCUGCAGUAAGGUUCUAG